AUGGGAAAUUAUUGUAGAAAGAAUAAAGCGAAGGAACCUAAACGUAAAGACAUAAAUGAAUUGGCGGAACGUGAAAAAUUAGAAAACGAAGCUCAAGAAAUUGAACAAGUUCCAGAAGAAAUUUACGAUCAUUUAGAUGAUCAACAUGAAGAACCUCCUGAACAAGAGGAGGAACAAGAUGAUAUCGAUGAGGAUGUAAACUAUACCAUGCAAGAAAAAUCUUUCGAUGAAAAACAUUUAGAAGAUUUAGAUAGAUCAAAUUCUGAUAUAUAUUCAGACUCACAUAAAUAUGAUAAUGCAAGUGAUAAAUUAGAAACAGCAUCUCAAUUGACCUUAUCUACAGAUGCAACUGGUAUUGUUCAACAAGUUACUAAAUUAAGUGAACCUGCACAUGAAGAAAGUAUAUAUAACACUUAUAAAUCAGUUACUCCAUGUGAUAUGGAUAAGCUUGAUGAAACUGCAAAAGUAUUUUCAAGACGAUGUGGAUGUGACCUUGGAGAUCGCCAUGACGAAAAUGCAUGUAGGAUAUGUAGAAAAAUUGAUUUGUCCGACACACCUUUGUUGACAUAA